AAGUGACAUUUAUUUAGGACAAGAAUUUAAUUUGUUAGCAUUUUAUUUGACAUCUGCACCUGCUGCUGUAAAACAAACCUUUUAUAACCACCAAGAAGAUAAAGUGGACUGAAUAUGCCAGGUGGAGUGAUCAUAAAAGCAACUUCUAAAUAAACUAUCAAAUCAAGAAAGGAUACACAAUGAGUGAAGUUAGCACAGGAAAAGACGAUGCGGUACAGAAUGGCAACGUCAAAUAUUCCCAGGUAUCUGGUAAAGAUGAAUGCAUUCAGAUGCCUGAAAACCUGGAGAAAAAUCACGCAGCAAGCGACCACGAGGACCAUGUGGACGAGAGGACACACCUCCAGGUGACGAGUGACAGCGUGGAGGCCCGAAAACUCGAGGAUGUGAAAAUCUCAGACAUUGAUGAGCCUUACGCUCCUCCUUAUAAACAGACAACUUCUGCUUACGAGAAACCAACCCACUACCCUGUGAAAGGGGGACGCUUGAAGAGGCCAAAAUCCUACAUUGUGUUCGCCUGGAUUUCGAUCAUCCUUAACCCCCUUUUUGGGAUUGUCGCAAUUUGCUUAUCAUGGGCCUCCCAUGGAAUGAGUGACGAUCACGACGAGGAGUGCAACGAGUUAGCACGACGCCUGGGCCUUGCUUCACGUAUAGUGGGGGCUGUUGGGAUUGCCGCUACAAUUGUGACAUUGAUCAUUGUUUUACCAAUAGUUCUCACUUAGAGACAGACAUCUGACGUGAUAACCUACCAGUGAUUUAGAGGGACACUAGCCUGAUCUGUUUGGAUUUUUUUUCCAAUUUAUUUAUUUAUUAUUAUUAUUAUUAUUAUUAUUAUUAUUAUUAUUAUUAUUAUUUUUGCAUCUGGUAGGAAUUCACUAGUCAAAUGGGCAUACAGUCACCAUCAUUGCAAUGCUGGCAGGUAUUUUUAACAGUGAGACCUGAUCAUAUGAGGAUGCUGAUUUAUGUACAUGUAUAGAUUACAUGUCAGUGAUUUGAAUAUAGAUAUGGUUUCUAAUACUGUGUUUGUGAAUUAUACUGUAUAUAUCUAAAUGUUUGACUGAAAUAUGGACAAUGCAUUUUUUGACAUUUAAUUAAGAUUUUAUGUAUUUUAUAUGGACUGUGUAUUAAAAAGGAAAACUGUG